AUGGCUCACCAUGAUGAGAAGGACGACUAUGCUCGCCACCUGGAACAGAACGACUCCUCGUCAGACAAAGACAAAGAGCUCCAGCAUGGAGGCCGAGAUGGAGGCAUCGACGUUGCCCGAGUCCUCGAGGAAGAUGCUUCUGCUCCUGCUUCUGGUCCCGAGGAGAAGGACGAUAAGGAGACACGAAGGGUCAUGAGAAAGAUCGAUUUCAGACUUUUGCCUUGCUUGGCUGUCAUAUAUGCAUUUGCUCUAAUCGACCGUGUGAAUCUACCGAACGCACGAAUCGCCGGCAUGGACGAGGACCUGCAGCUGUCUGUCGGGAACCGCUACUCGUUGGUUACCAUGAUUUUCUUCGUGCCGUACGUCAUCUUCCAGUUUCCUGCGAACAUCGUUAUUCGCAGACUCGGUGCAGCAUUAUGGCUCUCGUCCCUCGUCAUCGCCUGGGGUGCCGUUACGAUCGGCAUGGGUUUCACUACUCACUGGACGCAAUUGCUGGGAUGCCGAGUCCUUCUCGGCGUCCUAGAGGCGGGCUACUUCCCUGGUUGCGUCUUUCUCCUGAGUUGCUGUUCAGAAACGUUUUUCCGCCUUCUACCUCCUGGCCCUUCUGGCUCCGGCUCAAGCAGUAUCCUCGCCUGGGGCUUGUCCGAGAUGAAGGGAAUCGCAAAUCUCAAUGGUUGGCAGUGGAUCUUCGCCAUCGAAGGCGCAAUCACUUGCGUCCUAGGAUUUGUGGGAUACAUGUUCAUCGUCGACUUCCCGGACAAGGCAACGAAACCGAACAUCGUCACGCGAAAGUCAUUCCUGACCGAAGCGGAAGCAACGAUUGUGAUUAAUCGCAUUCAGAGGGACCGAGGCGAUGCUGUUGUUGACAAGUUGACUGUGCCGCUGAUUCUGAGCCACUUGAGGGACUGGAAAAUCUGGGAGUUUGCAUGGCUUUACUUCCUCAACAACAUCGUGACCUACUCCUUCGGCUUUUUCCUCCCCAUCAUCCUCCGCAACGACAUGGGCUACUCCGUUGCGCUCUCCCAAAUUCUUGCCUUCCCACCAUACGUCGUUGCAACCGUGUGGAUGUUCACCACGGCCUGGCUUGCCGACCAUUACCGCAAGCGCGGCAUCAUCAUCAUUUGGAAUGCCAGUACUGCUGUAGUCGGCGUUUCCAUGAUGGGGUUCUCGACGAAUCCAGCGACACGUUAUGCGGGAGUCUUUCUCGGUGUGUGUGGUGCCAACAGUAACGUGCCGAGUCUGCUGAGCUAUAUGCAUAACAAUAUCGUGGGUCAGAUGAAGAGAAGUGUGGCUAGUGCAUUAUUGAUCGGCGGCGGAGCCUGUGGUGGUAUUGCGGCGGCGAACAUCUUCCGCCAGCAGGACGCGCCGAAAUAUCUGCCAGCAAUGUCAGUCGUUAUAGCGACCCAGGCUCUCACGGUGCUGCAUGUCCUCAAGAAUUUUGUCGUCUACUCGCGGAGGAACAGGAAGGCAGACCGUGGGGAGAUUGUACUUGAGGGCCAGGUCGGCUUUCGGCAAACAUUGUGA